AUGCAAUUUUUAACACCACUCCUUUUGCUGUGCAGCACCCCAUUGCUACUAGCACAACAGUAUGCGGGAGACACUAUCAGUGCGACUCUACCGACUAUCGACAAUGCAGAGGUCGCAUUUUUCAAGAUCGAUGACCCAAGUGGCAAGAAUGAUGCCCUCACCUUAAUCAACUACUACUCUCACGGCACCGAUGGAAAUCGUAUCGUAGAAAGCAAAAUUCAGAGGGCUGUCAUCGUUCUCCAUGGUCUCCUGAGAGAUCCUUGGAACUAUGAGACCGAUAUGCUCAACGCUCUUGCCAUGGUUCAAGACACAAACAUCAACCGAGACAGUGUCGCCGUGAUGGCUCCCUUCUUCCCCAGUGGCAGCGACAAAGGCUUCGCCUAUCCUUGGACUGAUGGUCUCAAGUCAGGUCGUGGAUCCACAUCUAAUGCAUUGGUCUGGUCUGGAUCGCAAUGGUCAGCUGGCGCCAACAACCAAUACCCUCAUGAUAGCAGAAACACUUCGAGUUAUUAUGUCCUGGAUGAACUAGUUCACUACUUCGACAACAAGACCCUCUUCCCCAACAUGAAGCAGAUCGUCCUUGCUGGACACUCCUUGGGUGGGCAGAUGCUGCAACGGUACGCCGCGGUCGGCGAUCAGCUUGAGACUGAGUCGCCCGUCGUUCUGUGGGUUGCAAAUGGAAAUUCUUGGGCAUGGCUCAGUGAUUACCGCCCUCUCAAUGUGCCGGACUGCCCCACCUAUAAUGACUACCGCGAAGGCUUCGCUCAAUAUGUCGAGUAUGGCAUGACCUAUGGUGCCAAUCUGGUCGCUCAAGGCAUUGACGCCAUCAAGGCAAACUUCGACAGCAAGCAAAUUGCUUGGGCUCGUGCUCUCCAGGACUUUGGUGAUCAUGCUUCGAGCUGCGCACCCGAAACCACCGGGCAGGACCGAAAUGAGCGUUUCUUCUUCUUCAUGAAAUGGUUCCAGCCUAGCUGCCCUGACCCUUCUGGUACCAACUGUGACACUGUUGAUUUGGUCGAUGCACCUCACGACAAUGGUCAAAUGUUCCACUCUGCUGCAGGUCUUGCUCGUCUGUUCACGGACAAUUUCUACGGCGAUAAAAGUCGUGCUUAUGACUUUGGUUACCCCCGCAAGCAACAGGGUGACGAUCCUUUCCCGGACCCUAGCCUUGUCAACACCGCUGGAGCUACCAACUACAACACUUACGCUGGUGGUCUAACCUACCAAGGUUGCUGGACUGACCAAGCUCCGACUACAGCACAGGCCCUCUCCACCCUGCUGUACGACAACGCAACCAACACUAUUGAAACUUGCACAUCUGGCUGCGUGAACGCAGGCUAUAAGGUUGCUGGCAUGUCGGAUGCAACAAAGUGCUGGUGUGGUAAUGAGGUGAGCUCUGCAUCUGCUAUCCUCACCGUCGAUAUGCAGUGCAAGUCGGCAUGCCCUGGAAAUACUGCUCAAAUCUGUGGAGGACUUCGUCGCCUUUCCCUGUUCUCGGCUGGAUCUCCUUCCUUUGUUUAG